UGUGUUUGUCAGAAACUUGCCCAGAAACCACCGAGCUCUGCAAAACAGCGUAAAAGGAAGAGAAGAGAAGGACAGCAAAAUGGUAUCGGCAGGGAUGCAGAUGCUGGGCGCCGCCCUGGGUGUCAUCGGCUGGAUUGGUGUUAUAAUCGUCUGUGCUCUCCCUAUGUGGAGGGUCACGGCUUUCAUUGGCAACAACAUUGUCACAUCGCAGAUCCAAUGGGAAGGCAUAUGGAUGAACUGUGUGGUUCAGAGCACAGGGCAAAUGCAGUGCAAGGUGUACGACUCUAUGCUGGCGCUGAGCUCGGAUCUCCAAGCCGCCCGUGCUCUCACAGUCAUCUCCGUAGUGGUGGGCAUCAUGGGCAUCCUGCUGGCCAUGGCUGGAGGAAAGUGCACCAACUGCAUAGAGGAUGAACAGUCCAAAGCAAAGGUUGCUGUGGCAGCGGGUGUUAUCUUCAUUAUUUCUGGUGUAUUGUGUCUCAUCCCUGUGUGCUGGACUGCCCAAACCAUCAUCAGGGAUUUCUACAACCCACUGGUAAACCAAGCGCAGAAGAGAGAAUUAGGUGCAUCCCUGUUCAUCGGCUGGGGAGCUGCUGCUCUGCUGAUCAUCGGAGGAGGUCUGUUGUGCACCAGCUGCCCACGUGAUGAGAAAACCCCAUACACAGCCAAAUACAACGCUCCUUCUCGCUCCCAGGCCUCUGCACCCUCCAACAAGGACUACGUUUAAGAAGGUCAAACAGCUUAUCUUACCUGUACAUGUACUGAGCAGUUGUCAAAAGGACUUGAUGGACAAAAGGACUUGAUGCAUUGUUUUUGCUUUAUACAACAUGCAUUAGAUGCUACUGCACAAUGUUCUGCCAAAGUUUUUCUUAAUUUGAUGUAUUUUGUGAUCGAGUAUAAAAUCUAGAAUCAGUUUUCAAUUCAGUUUUUCUUUAUUCUUCACAUUUUAAGGAAUCCAUGGUUUUGUAAAUAAAUAUAUUGUACAGCAUAUAUCUUAAAUUUUUUUUAUCAGGUAUCAAAACAAAACUAAAGAUUAAAAUGAAAAUUCAUAUGUUUCAGAUGGACCUUUGUUUUUACUUUCUUUAGUUUUUAAUCAUGUAUUUGGAUUAAUUUGAAUAAUGCGUUGUAGUUGUCAACACUUUAUUUGUUAUACAGACUUGAAAGCUUUCCAAAGGAAGACGAUUACCUUGACAAUCCAGUUCAGGUGUGGCUCUGUUGAAAAAGACUACAGGUUCUUUAACAUGUAACUGCAUAACAUAUAAAUGAAAUGAAAUCAAAAGCUUUUAAUUUAUCAGGCAACUACAGUAUGUAUUAGGGACAAAAAAUUUUAUUUAAAGUUUUUUUUAAAACUUUCCAGUAAAUAAGUAAAUCAAUCAAUCUUUUUGUUGUGUCAUAAUCUUUCUGUUGUGUUGUAAAAUAGAGCACAUCUUGAAUACAA